AGAAAUUUUGCAACGACUGUUUUCACUAAUGGAUAAAUACGGAAUGGACUACUGGUGGGAACUAUCCGUAUCAGAUCUACUACCGGAAGACAUCGAGUCAAAAUGUAAUGUUCCACGCGACCAAAUUCGAAAGGGCGAAGAUAUCUUCGAUAUAUGGUUGGACAGUGGUUUGAGUUGGUCCAAUGUCUUGGAGGGCGAUCAAGUGGCUGAUAUGUACCUGGAGGGGGUCGAUCAAUUUACUGGUUGGUUUCAGUCGUCCCUAAUGACAUCGGUUGCCUUAAGGAAUAAGUCGCCGUAUAAGUCGGUAUACGUUCACGGUUUUGUAGUUGACCAAAACGGAUUGAAAAUGUCUAAAUCUUUGGGGAACGUCGUCGAUCCUGUCGAUAUUUUAGAGGGAAGGAAUGGUAUGAAAACUUACGGCAUUGACGCGUUAAGGUGGUGGGUUGUCUGCCAUGCAAAUUCUGAUGCCAUCACUCACGUAAGCGAUAAUAUCUUACAAACCAGUGCAGAUGAAGUGCAAAAAAUUAGGAGCGUGUUACGAUUUGCCCUAGGUUCCUUAUUUGACUAUGAAGAAAAUGUGAUGCAUGCUUCCCAUUUACUUGUUAUAGAUAAAUACAUGUUGCACCUGCUGCAUAACCUUCACAAUAAGGUCUUUCAAGCAUAUAACUCCUACGAUUACAAUAGGCUGUCACAAUAUCUAAUUAAUUUCGUAACGAAUCCUGUUUCAGCCUUGUACUAUGUAGCAAUUAAAGAUCGCUUGUAUUGCGACGAACAGUAUAGCCCGAGUCGACAAGCGGCACAGUUUGUGCUGUAUCGGCUUGCUCAAACGGUCGCGAAAUGCAUUGCGCCAAUCACGCCACAUCUAACGGAGGAAUUGUAUCUUCAUUUUCCUCAGCAAGUACAAGAUUCGUUCUUCCAUUUACAUUUAAAUCCUGAGACAUGGGAUGACCCCAAAAUCGCAAGAUUAAUGGAAAACACUAUUUUAGUAAUAAAAAAGGAUCUGCAUAGGAUUGUGGGCGCUAAUACUUUAAAUCGUAAUGUUUCAAUUAGGCUACCAGAAGUACCGUAUCAGCAAUUGAAGGGGGUAGCUGAAGAUAUGAAUAAAGAACUGGCUGAUAUAUUGCAAGUUGCACGGGUUGAAAUUGUUGGGGAUGCGAUUCCUGAGUUUGAUUUACAAAUUAGUGACACUGCUUUGUUUAUGUGUGAUAGAUGUCGGAAACAUUCAGCUAAAUGUGAAAAUGACUUAUGUGAUCGUUGUAAUGUUAUAUGUAAUACCUUAAAAACAGAACAAAUUCGAUCGUAACUGUUA